AAAAAGAAAGAAAUGAUUAAAGGAGGACUUCCCUCCAAUUCCCUGACUGCACACUUUUUGAUAUUUCCUUAUCUCCACAUUUUUAUUUCUAUUUUAUUUUUUUUCAACUGAUUUUAAUUGUAUGAUUACAUGCACAUAUGCAAUCCCCAUUUUAGGCUAUUGAUUCCUUUCAGCUGCUAGGGUUUGCAGUUCCUUUUUGUUUUGGGAGGAGCUUCUAGGGUUUCUACAUUUGCUUGCUUCGCUCAGGUUAGGUUGGCAUGGAUUCUACAACACAAUCUUUCCAACACCGAACACUUCAUGUCAAAUUGUGGCCUCCUACUCAGAGUACUAGGCUAAUGCUUGUGGAGCGGAUGACGAAAAAUCUUAUCACUCCAUCUAUUAUUUCCAGAAAGUAUGGCAUAUUGAGUAAAGAAGAGGCUGAGGAGGAUGCCAGGCAAAUUGAAGAGUCGGCAUUUGCUGCUGCAGACCAACACCAUCAGAAGGAGCCCGAUGGUGAUGGAAGUUCAGCAGUGCAGGUUUAUGCCAAAGAAUCCAGUAAGCUCAUGCUGGAAGUUCUUAAAAGGGGCCCUAGAAUGAAAGAGGAUGGAGAGGCAGCAGUAGCUGAGAUAUCUGCAGCUGCACAUGCUGAUUUAUUUGAUUUAUCUGGUGGUCGACGGGCAUUUAUCAGUGCAGAGGAGGCUAAUGAUCUUUUAAAACCACUUAAGGAGCCAGGAAAUACAUAUACUAAGAUCUGUUUCAGCAAUAGAAGUUUUGGCUUGGAUGCUGCUGGUGUUGCAGAGCCAAUCUUGUCAUCAAUAAAGGAUCAAUUGACAGAAGUAGACUUAUCUGACUUUGUUGCAGGAAGACCAGAGCCGGAAGCUCUUCAAGUCAUGAAUAUAUUUUCUUCAGCCCUGGAGGGUUGCAACUUGAGGUAUCUGAACCUUUCAAACAAUGCCUUGGGGGAAAAGGGUGUAAGGGCUUUUGGAGCACUUCUCAGAUCACAGAAUAACUUGGAGGAGCUUUAUCUGAUAAAUGAUGGUAUCUCAGAGGAAGCUGCUCGGGCUGUCUGUGAGCUAAUCCCUUCCACUGAGAAGCUCAAGGUCCUUCAGUUUCACAAUAACAUGACAGGUGAUGAAGGGGCAGUUGCUAUAGCUGAGAUUGUGAAACGAUCUGCUAUGCUGGAGGAUUUUCGAUGUUCUUCAACAAGGAUAGGCUCAGAGGGCGGUGUCGUACUAGCUGAAGCCCUUGGAACAUGUAGUCAUAUGCGGAAGCUUGAUCUGCGUGACAAUAUGUUUGGAGUGGAAGCUGGAGUUGCGUUGAGCAAGUCUCUUGUUGCAUUUGCAGAUCUUACUGAGGUUUACCUUAGUUAUCUAAACUUGGAGGAUGAUGGGGCUGAAGCACUUGCCAAUGCUCUAAAGGAGUCUGCACCUUCACUUGAAGUUCUUGAAAUGGCUGGUAAUGACAUUACUGCUAAAGGAGCUUCUUCUUUGGCAGCUUGUAUUGCAGCAAAACAGUUUCUCAGCAAGUUAAACCUUUCUGAGAAUGAAUUGAAGGAUGAAGGUGCUAUUUUGAUUGCCAAGGCAAUAGAGAGUGGUCAUGGCCAGUUAAGUGAAGUUGAUUUGAGCACUAACUCAAUCAGAAGGGCUGGGGCAAGGCUUUUGGGACAGGCUGUUGUUCUUAAGCCUGGAUUUAAGUUGCUAAAUAUUAAUGGUAAUUUUAUAUCUGAUGAAGGGAUUGAUGAAUUGAAGGAUAUAUUCAAGAAUUUGCCUGGUGUGCUUGGGCCUUUGGAUGAUAAUGAUCCAGAAGGUGAAGAUCUUGAUGAGGAGGCAAAAGAAGAAGAUGCAGACAAUGAAGAUGAUUUGGAAUCAAAACUCAAGGGGCUUGAGAUCAAGCAUGAUGAGCAGUAGUUCCAUCAGAAGUAAUCUGCAUGCUUAGCUGCUCUGAAAUUAAAACUUAUCCGAACUUUUUUUCCCUUUCUUUGGGAUUAAAUGCUUUUUUCUCUGUAACCUAGUCCAGCUGCAUUAACAUGGUGUGGUAGAUUCAUCUCUGUAGGUUAGUCUGAGAAAAGUUCCUUUUCCUAUUGAUAUCAGGCUAUCAAGUUUUGCAGUUGUAGCUUACAGAUACCUGGGAACUUGGUUUAGUUUUAGGAUUUGCUAGGCAAUGUUGUAUUGCUGUAGGCAGUAUGUUGUUUUUAAUUUGUUAGUGGCUCUCAUUAUCUGGACAUUCCGACUUUCUUUCGUAGCAUAUGCAUGCUCGCCAUUUUAAAUGAAAUUUGGUUUCUCAAGCUUUUUAAA